AUGUUCAAGCUUGUCCAUUUUCUCUGGCUAUUGCCACUGUUCAGCUUCGCAUCAGCACUGCUUGAAGAGCCCUUCGUUGCUUUUGACCAGUCUGAGGGGUCUAUCGAGCUGCAAAAUGGGGUCCUGCUCUACGAUUACAGUGACCCAGUCGGCGUCAGAAUCGCGAUUAACAGCUUAGCCAAUGACUGGGAACAAAUUACAGGAACCAAGCCGCCAGUACAAACCUGGGUCGGGUCGGGAAGCAACAGCACCGCCAGGCUUCCCGGGACGAACUCGACGAUCAGUCCCAAGAUUGCCGUCAUCGCUGCCACCGUUGACUCACCGUUAGUCCGCCAACUGGAAGAAAGCGCCAAAGUUGAGGUAAAUGAUAUCCGUGGGAAAUGGGAGACUUUCAGGACAUUGUUGGUAGAUAAGCCUCUUCCACAAUUUUCCAAGGCUCUUGUCAUUGUUGGCAGUGACAAGCGAGGCGUCAUGUUUGGGCUUUAUACUUUGGCAGAGCAGAGUGGACAAUCGCCGCUUCAUUGGUGGGCGGAUGUCCCAGCAACAAAGCACGACAAGAUCUACGCUCUGAACAAGAUCACCACCCACGGCGAACCCAGCGUCAAGUACAGAGGUCUGUUCAUCAACGAUGAAGCACCAGCCCUCGUCGGGUGGUGGGGAAGGAAAACCAACAAUACCGAUUUCACCCUUGACUCCGAGUUCUACGAACACGUCUUUGAUUUGCUCGUCAGACUCAAGGCUAACUUCAUCUGGCCUGCCAUGUGGGCAAGCUUCGUUCCCAAACCCGGAAGGAUCUUUUUCACUGACGACCCUCGAAACCAACAACUCGCCGACGAUUACGGCAUUGUCGUGUCUACUAGUCAUCAUGAGCCCAUGCAAAGGGCCAGCAACGAGUGGUCAAAGGAUCCUAAGGGAGAGUGGGAUUGGGUUAACAACAAAGAGAACGUGGUUCCAUUCAUGGAAGAGGGAGUUCGACGAGCUGGAAAGAACGAGUCGUAUUUCACUCUGGGCAUGCGAGGACCUAAUGACGGACCCAUUCAAGCAGAUGAUCCGAUUUCUGUUCUGAAGGACGUCUUUGCUACGGAAAGGGAGAUUUUGGCAAAGUAUCAUGGAAAUGAGACAGCUGCGAACCAGGUUUGGACCAUUUACAAAGAGGUCGCAACAUACUACGCCGCUGGUUUGGUUCCUCCCGAGGACGUGACUUUGAUGUUCACCGACGACAACUGGGGCAACGUGCAACGCCUGCCUACCGAAGAAGAGGCAAAGAGGCCCGGAGGCAUAGGGCUAUACUUCCACUUCCAAUAUGUCGGUCGGCCGAAGAGCUGGAAGUCUCAAAACACCAACAACUUCCCCAAGGUUUACAAGGAGCUCUCUCAGGCAUACGAAAGAGGGGCAGACAGAAUCUGGGUGAUGAACGUUGGUGACAUCAAACCCAACGAGCUCCCACUCGUCUUCUCCAUGGACCUUGCCUGGAACGUCAGCCGCUUCGACUUUGACAAAAUCCCCUCGUACCUCGAAGCGCUUGCUACGCGAGAAUUUGGCCCCGAACAUGCUAAAGAAAUUGCAUCAGCACUCAUGACCUACAGCCACCUUGUCGGAAUCCGCAAGUUUGAGCUGGUUCAACCUGCGACGUACUCGGUUCUGAACUACCAUGAGGCAGACCGUAUCAUCAAUGCCUGGAAAGACCUGGCAGACAAAGCCAAAGCCCUCCAAGACGCCGUUCCAGAAGACCGUCGCACCGCACUGUUCCAUCUCCUGACGUACCCCGCCAUUAUCGGAUACCACAACCACUUCAUCACCGUCGGCGCAGGAAAAAACAGGCAGUACACGUUCGAAAGACGCAACUCCGCCAACGCUCUCGCGCAGCAAAUUCUCGAACAUUUCGACGAAGACUACGACCUCACCAAAGAGUACGACACCAUGGAGAAUGGGAAGUGGAAAGGCAUCUUGUCGACGCCGAAAUACGACAUGGACGUUGGCGACUGGAGACCCGCGUCGCGCGAUGUGGUUUCUAACCUCUCGUACGUCCAGUUGCGUCAGGACUUUGACUGGGGUUUCGGCGAUCUGGGCAUCUACGCCGAACACUCGCGGAGUGCGUACACCCAGGGCCGCAUCUGCGGGUCCAUCAACCCGGCUUUGCCGACGGAUGGUAGCUUUUCUCCCCUGUUGCCGGUCAUGCAGCCUCAAGGGCCGGAUUCACGAGUUUUCGUGCUCUUCCACCGUGGCGAUUACCGCAGAGAUGUUAGCUGGUCCAUUGAGGUUCCCCAUUCCUGGGUGCGCGUCUCGCAGACUUCAGGAACAGUCACCAAAGAUGAGUCGGACAUCCCUAUCGAGGUAUCGAUUGAUUGGGCGUCCGUUCCCGACGGCUUUGACGAGACGGUUCGGGUUCGGGUCAACUGGGAGCCGGCUCCGUAUUUCGACUACGUCCGAAUUCCUAUCAAGAAUGUCCGAACUCCAGAAGGUUUCGUAGGGUUUCCAGAGACGGCUGGCCUGAUUUCCAUCGAAGGCCCCGACUUCCAACGUUCCUCGUCAGAAGACGUCGCCUUUGCUCACAUUAAAGGUCUCGGCUCUCGCUCAGAGUCUGGGUCCAUCGCGUUGCGGCCUUUUACCGCGGCAAGACAGUCCAAAGACGCUGCCAAGGCAGCCUGGGUUGAAUAUGACAUUUACGUCUUCAGCAAUGUCACCAAAGAUGUCAAUGCGUCCGUGUAUAUCAACGGUGGUCUCGAUACGGACCCAGGUCUUCCGAUGGAAUUCUCCUUAUCGUUGGCGGGCGAGGCUGGCACUGCAGCAAAUUUCACCCGGGUUCUUGGUGAUCCCGCCAAGGCUGGUGAUACGCCCCCUGAAUGGACCGCCUAUGUUGCCGACCAUGUAUGGAAGAAGACCGUUACGUUGCCCAAGUUGAGCAAAGGGAAGCAUACAUUGCGUUGGCAGACCAACUCGCCUGAGGUUUACCUAGAGAAGAUCGUCUUGGCUGUGGGUGGUACUGUUCCAGAAACUUACUUGGGGCCACCGAAGACCAAGCUUGUUGAAUAG